CUGUUGGUGGCGCCUGUAGUUUAAUACCGUCACCUCUUAAGAUAAUAAUAAUAAUAUGCAUGUUUCAGUCUCAAUUUGUAUACUCAGUAGGCCAACUUGUUUGACCCUCCAGUAUACCAGCGCUAUAAAAAACUUUUUUUUAAAAGACGGCCAUUUGCGACACCCGGAAACGAAUUGGGUAACUAAGUCACAUGGUGAAAACAUCCGGGCCGUACAGGAAGAGCGGAGAAAUGUGUCGAGUUUUUCAACGCUACUGAAUCAAUAGAGAAAGCAUGCGUUGCCCAUCCCAUAUCGGGAUACCGCGUUGUCUGUAGCUUGCAGUAAUGUUUAUAGCAUAACUGGCAAAUUUGCUAAUUACCAUUAGCCUACCUUCCAAAUAUAAGGUAAUGUCUCGCGCCGUGUGUUUAAUGUUAGCUUUUGGAUCCAGAAGUUUGAAUUCAGUGUCCGUUUGUGAGGCUAAACGCAUAUUGAUCGUUUCCACACGGUUCCUGUGCACCCGUUACACCAACGCUGGCCUGUCAGUAACAGGUCGCAGUCUCGUUCUUGGCGCCUGUCCGGAUGACGGGUCGGGGGUCUGGUGGAAAAUAGCAGCGCUGCCCAAGCGCGGUUGUUUCUUGGGAGGGUUGCACACGGAUUCUAAACAAAUGAAUGAUGUUAGUCGGGUCAAAAGAGUUUCUGUGGAGGGAAACAUUGCUGUGGGCAAAUCAACUUUCGCGCGGCUUCUGCAGUCUGAAAACGAGGACUGGGAAGUUGUGCAAGAACCAGUCGGCAGGUGGCAAAAUGUGGAAGGCACGUCGUCACAGGCCUUGGAGUCUCCUCAGCAGGCAGUGAGUAACCUGCUCCAGAUGAUGUACCAGGACCCCCAGCGCUGGUCCUACACCUUCCAGACCUUCUCCUGCAUGAGUCGCAUGCGGACCCAGCUGCAGCCGCUCCCCCCGCACCUGCUCCGCCCCCAGAGCACACCUGUGCAGGUGUUUGAGCGCUCCGUCUACAGCGACAGGUAUAUCUUUGCCCUGAACAUGUUUGAGCUGGGAUGCAUCAGCCCCACAGAGUGGGCUGUGUACCAGGGCUGGCACUCCUUCCUGCUGGAGCAGUUCGGCCCGCGUCUGCAGCUGGAGGGGAUUAUCUACCUGAGGGCCCCGCCCGAGACAUGUAUGCAUCGGCUGAGGAAGCGGGGGCGGCAGGAGGAGAAAGAGGUGGAGCUUGCGUACCUGGAGAAGCUGCACACUCAGCAUGAGAACUGGCUGGUGAACAAGAGCACAGAGCUGCACUUUGAGCACCUGAAGCAGGUCCCUGUGUUGGUGCUGGAUGCCGGUGUGGAGUUUGAGAGGGAUGUGGAGGUGCAGGAAAGACUCCUUGCCCAGGUGAAGGCUUUCUUCGAUGGGUUGUGAAGGACGGGUCAUGGCCUUCCUAAUCUCACAGAGCUAAGAAGCUGUCCAGCACCAGGAUUUGCUGUCAUCCCACACAUCAUGAGCUAACAGAAGAAACGGGCAGAAGUACACACACACACACACACACACACACAUUCAACUUCACACACCCACGCUCGAGCACACUCAUUCACAUGCUGGCGUGGUUUACACGUUUACAGAAAACGAGAACAAGGAUUUAAUGAGUUACUGUUCCCAGAGCCCUUUGGACCGCUUCCUACACAGAGCGUCUGAGAGACUCCCUUAAACUGCGAAUUCAGCUAGCAUAAGCUAAGUGAGCCGCUGACUUCAUAGUACUCCUUCUGAGGUCAAACCCACACAAUAACCACAAAACCUCUUCUUGACCAAUAGGGGAUUUCGUAAGGAAAUGCUUCUGAUUGGUGCUCCACAAGACCUGGAGUUAUGUGGCUGAAAAGGGGUGCUUGGAUGUACCCAAGUGUUAAAUGUGAGAUUUUAUGGACACACAAUUAGUGAUGUCACAAGAGUAAUGCGUUACCCUAAAGCAGUGAGAAAUGAAUGGUGAGGGACUCAAAUGUCCCUUGUUUUUCCGUUAUAAUCGAAUUACAUUUCUUGAAGGUAUGUGAACUGUUUUUUUUUUUAUUAUUUUAAGUCAAUUGAUUUUUGAUACAUGGACUGAAGUGCUGAUGCUCUUUUAUUAGGUUAAUUUUCGUGAAAUAUACUACCUGAUUUGUUUUGUUUUUUUUUUUGUUUUUUUACAACGCACAUAACCUCUCCAGCUCAGAAAUGCCAGGAAACGGAUGGUUAGACCCACUAUUGGAAUGUAGAGCACGUUGUCACAGUUAAGAUGCUAUUAUCAAGAUGCUGUGCUUUUAAAAUAUUUUGAUGUGUUUUAGAUGUAAUUCCAUGUGCAUUGUUGUGAUUUCAAAGCCCAAACUGUUGAAAAAUGUUGACGGUUAAACAGUGAUUCUUUUGACCUCCCGCACAGAAUUUAUCUGCAAAGCAGUGGUUUGCAGAGACUUCCGCUUGCUUUACACAGCAGCCGAUUCAAGCCCGGGAAUUUGAAUUCUCAUCAUAGCUGAGGAGUCGUUGAGCUCCUCCUCGCGCCUGUUGUGUCAACCAGAGGGAAGCAGACUUUAGUGCGUCAUCUACAGUCCACCUUAUCAUUAAUACAGUAAUUUGAAAAAACAAAAAAUGUAAGAUUUCUGAAACGUUUUCAGCUUCCAUUGAGUGAGUGAUUAAAACGAUCACGAGAUCUCUGGAAGAUCAGAAUUGCCUGCGCGUAAUCAACGACGUGUGACGUACACACGUUCGGCAAAAUAUACGAACAUUUACUUAAAUAUGAUACCGUAUUUUUUAUAUAUAUUUAUUUGAUAGGGACCGUGGGCAGCCGUUUCCCCGAGGAGUCUGGCGCAUGCAUUUCUAAUACGAUUCUGAACAAUUAAUUAAUUUGCUGUUUUAAUUAGUUCAGCCAUCACCGAAUAGGCUAGAUCUAUAUAUGUGAGUAUGCUUUGGUUACGCUUGCUUCAUUUUUACCAUAAUAAAAACGUAAGCAGUACUUUUUCAUUAUGGUAAUAACUUUACGGGAAAGUUGUUUGGGGUUUAUAUUUUGGGCGAAACUUCAAGGAUUAGUCUACUUUAUAUCAAAGUGGUACGAUAAUUCUCUGUAAGAUUGGUGUCAAAAUAGUAUAUAUAAUUAAAUACGAAGUGGAUGGAUUGUUAAUGAAUGUCGUUUGAAGAUUAAUUUACUUCCGUGCACUUAAAAGCUUUUUGCCAUAUCAAAA